AUGGGCCUAGUGGGGAGGGGAGCCAGCCCCAGGGAAGGGGUAGUGAUCCAGGCGCGCCCUGGGAGACAACAGUCCCUUCCCUCCAGUACUGUAGGAAGAUGGUUUAUUGUCCCCUUGAAUAUAAUGCGAAAUAUUUUUCCUUUUCAUAUUACUGACAAAAGGAAUAACAUAAACAUCACAAAGAAAAUACUUUGUGGAUAUCAGGAUUACUGUUACGCGGUAUCUUGUGACCAAAAUGCAGAGUCAUUCUAUGUGCCAUUGCUAUUAUCCUAUGAUGGUUUCUGUUUGGGGCUCAUGAUCUGGGCCAGUGGCUCCAUGGUUUUCAUCCUGCACAGGCACAAGCAGCGGGUCCAAUACAUUCAUAGGAACAAUCUCUCCCCCAGAUCCUCCCCUGAGAGCAGGGCCACCCGAAGCAUCCUUGUGCUGGCGUGCUUCUUCCUUUCUUUAUGGAUGCUGUCCUCUAUCUUCCACAUUUGUUUGUCAGUUUUUAACAACUCCAGUCUGUGGCUGAGGAACACUUCUACACUACUCACUACGUGUUUUCCUACUCUCAGCCCCUACAUUUUCACGAGCUAUGACCCCAGAGUGUCCACCCUCUACUCUGCCUGGAUAAGGAAACAAAACCCCCUAAGCUUACCAUAA